GCCACAGUAAACACAACUGCCACCCACUUCAACAAGCUAAUGACCACCUGAACAGGAAGGCAGCCAAGACAAGGCCUUGUGGUUGCUGUAGACCAGUGGCACAGUGGGUGACCUUAGCUGAACUUCCUCCCCCGAAGGCCAACGUCCUCGACUCCAGCUCCUCCUUGUCCUCCGCCUCCUCCCUGCGGCCGCCCCUGUGAUGCCUCCCUCGUGCUGUGGCUGCCUGUCACAGUACACCCAUCAUCAUCUGGUUGCCUUCCUCCUCACCUUCUUUAGCUAUGUCCUGCUGCACGCCUCCAGGAAGACAUUCAGCAAUGUGAAAGUGAGCAUCUCGGCUCAGUGGACGCCGUCCGUCCAGAAUGAGAGCGCUCCUGCCUUCUCCCCUGGCCAGACAUGGGAGGACAAUCGUCUGUUUGCAGAUGAAGAGGAGGCCACGCUGUUUCUGGGAGCUCUGGACACCAUCUUCCUGUUUUCAUACGCUGUGGGUCUGUAUGUCAGCGGUGUGAUCGGCGACCGGCUGAACCUGCGCUAUGUGCUCUGCUUCGGUCUGUGUGGCUCCGCUGCAGUGGAGUUUGUGUUUGGCACUGUGACCGAAUGGCUCCACUUCUACAACAUCUACCUGUACUGUGGCCUCUGGGUGCUGAACGGCCUGCUGCAGUCGGCUGUGUGGCCCUGCGUCGUCGCUGUCAUGGGCAACUGGUUCGGCAAGUCGGGGCGAGGCUUUGUGUUUGGCCUGUGGAGCGCCUGCGCCUCUGUCGGCAACAUCCUGGGUGCCUUCCUGGCUUCUAGCGUGCUCAAGUACGGAUAUGAGUACGCCUUUCUGGUGACUUCUGUGGUGCAGUUCGCUGGCGGGGUGGUGGUGUACUUUGGCCUUCUCACCUCCCCAAAAGAAGUCGGUCUGAGUUGGCCGGACACCGGUCUUGGGCCUGUUGAGACAGACACAGACAGCCACAGGCCUCUGAUGAGCGAUGAGGAGGAUGAGGAGGAGGAGGUGGUGAUGUAUGACGGAGGAUAUUACUCGGUCCAGCAGCAGGAUGAACCUCAGGCCGAGUCGCCUCAGGCCAUCGGCUUCUUCCAGGCUUUCCUGCUGCCCGGUGUGCUACCUUACUCCCUGGCUUAUGCGUGUCUGAAGUUGGUCAACUACUCCUUCUUCUUCUGGCUUCCUUUCUACCUGAGCAACAAUUACGGCUGGAAGGAGGCCCAGGCUGACCGGCUGUCUGUCUGGUACGACGUGGGAGGAAUCAUCGGUGGGACCGUUCAGGGUUUGAUCUCUGACGUUUUAGGGAAGAGAGCCCCAGUGCUGGCCGUCAGCCUGCUGGCAGCCAUGGGAGCUCUGGUGGGCUACAGCCACUCACCCAACAACCAGGUUGUGAACGCGGUGCUGCUGGCCACCACUGGUUUCUUCAUCGGAGGUCCAUCCAAUAUGAUCAGCUCGGCCAUAUCUGCUGAUCUGGGGAGACAGGAGGCUCUGCGGGGCAGUCAGGAGGCUCUGGCUACGGUCACCGGCAUCGUGGACGGCACUGGGAGUAUAGGAGCCGCUGGGGGACAGUACCUGGUGUCCCUGAUUGAGAGCAAGUUGGGCUGGAUGUGUGUGUUUUACUUCUUCAUUGUCAUGACAGGGGGCAGCAUUGUGUUCAUCGCUCCCUUGAUCUUCAAGGAGGUGCGCGCCAUGUGGAGAGACUUGCGAGGUGUCAACCAGCAGCUCUGACAGCCUUACAGCAGCCACGAUGUCUCAGCUGUCUCGCUGUUGUGAGUUUAGGUAGGAGGAAGAGGAGCCGAGUCCUGUUUCUCACAGUAAGAACAGGUUUCUCUCCCACAACAUCAAAAAGUGUGUCAGUCCACACCCGUGUGUCUUUUUUGCAUGACACUGAAGCCCUACCUGCUCACACAAAGCCUAAACUGUAAAUGUAAAAUGUAAAUGUAGUACAAAGGCAAGGUUUUGGAUCAUAUUGACAGUUGAAGUGCCUGUGAUUAGAAAAAAGGCCAAGGGGUUUUGAACAGGACCUGGCUGCCAGUCAGACCAGCAUGUGGGUUUAGUCCUUACAGGGCCAUCACAGAAUGUACUAUUGUUUAUAUUUUAGGGGUGUCAUGGAUGUAAAUAUUUAACUUUUUAAACAUGGAUGUACUUGAGUUGAGUGAAGUCGGCCUUCGAAACCAGGAGUGCUCAACUUCUAAGGGUCAGGACCCCCAGGGACGAUCCCAAGGGGAGUUUUGAGGGGUCACAAUGACCUAAAGAAUGUGAAAAAUACAAAUGUAAUAUACAGCAUAUUGCCAGUUUUUGUAAGUGUGUAUAGUUUUUUGUUGAAAUAAUGAAUACUGUACCCUUGAGGCUUCCCAAAGUAACUGGGCUAAGUCUACACUGAGGAAAUACAUUUUAAAAAAUCAUUAUUUGGUGUCACAGUCCACAAACUUGUGUGAUGGCACCUGUAUCGAUGAUUUUUUUUUAGGCCUCACUAGCAGAGAAGUGAACAUGAAACACAAAAAAAUCAAUAAACAGAGGUGCCCAGUUAGGACUGGGUAGAUUUGGCCAACAAAAUAAAAUACUUCAUAUAAAACAAAAACUGAAAAAUCACAUCCAUGAUAAAUGCUGAGAAAUACUGUUGCAGAGGGCCUUAGAUGUGAGUCGAGUUUCCCAGGAGAAUCAUUGCAAUAAUUUUUAGCAUUAAAGAGAUGGGUCAGGUCUUAAAGUAGCCUGAUUUAUCGUGAUCUGGAAGUCCUUUUAGUUCAUCCAAAAAGCACUUGCACCAGCAUGUGGGUUAUUGGAAUAUGCAAACUAGACUUUAAUGGCAUUUGCCAACAGGUUUUUAACAAAUGACAGGCCAAAGUGGGAGAUUUUUUUUUUUUUUUUUUUUUUUUUAAAGCUAAGCUCUCCCACGUUGACACUUAGGGUGUGAAGCAGCACACUGUUUGGAAAGUCUUGCCUGUUUUUUAUUAGAGAAAUUGAAACAAAUUAUGGAGGGACAACAGACUGUACAGGCACAAGCAAUGAUCAGGACCUAAUAAAAUAAAAUGCAUAAUUUCAGCUGGUAAUUGCUCAGUCAUGCUGAUAAAUUAGUUAGGGCUGAGAGCUGUGUCAUAAUAAACUCAAAGUGAGUAACUUCUAGUCAGUGGGCCUGCAAUCAUAGUAUUGUGGGGAAACGAGACAAGAUUUUAGGUGGCAAACUACCGAAGACACAUCGAUGUGCCAUACUUGCUAGCUAGCUAACUAUUGGAAAGGUAGAAGGUUGAUUGACAGGUGGAUGUCAUGAUAUUAUUGGCUGAAAUUCGUUGGUUCGUGCCUAUGUAAACACAAGUCACACAAAGAUAAAUAGAGGCAAUAUGUGACCAGGGAUGUGAUAUGAAAGGAUUAAAAAGGCGUUUUUCAUUUCAUCUUGGCUUUGAAAGAGUAAAUCAACAUGAAGUCACGCAAGGCAGAAAACUU